AUGAUUGAUAUUGUGCAACAGAAACCCAACACUACGAUUGAUAACAAUAAGACCAAUCCCGACAAGAUGACCCAGCACAACAAAGACCUCAAGUCUUACUUUGAACAAUUGGCAAUCGCCAAUGGCGUCAAAGGCUUCAGUUUGGUGAUUGAUAAUGCGCUGACUCCACGAUACGAUGUCAAGCGGAUCUCUGCACCUCCGGCCAUCAAUGGAGCCACCCGCAAGUUCCUCUCGCAUCAUCAAGCCGAUGACGACGCAGCUCCUAGUUAUCCUUCGAGACGCAGAAGUUCCGGAGUCGAAGCCUUUCAACGAGGAAAUGGUUCCUUUAUGCGAUGGAGUGCGCCUUCUAGCUUAGAGACAACAAAUGCUACCUCUGGCAACCACACCCCCACCAGCUUUGACCGCUUCAGCGCUGGAAGCAUGAAUAAGAAUCCUAAUUUUCUGGAGACUGUCUUUGAUGAAGUCGACAGCAUCCUCUAUGAAGAAAAAGAUGAUGAUGAUGAUGAUGAUGAUCAUCAUCUCUCUGUGGAAUCUGAUGAAAUUUCCACAGGUGAAAAUGAGUCCCAAACGAACGACAACAAUGCCCAACAUGAUGACGAUGUCGGAAAACCAAAAGACACUCGCUUUGACUCCAACAUUGGUGGUGGUGGUCAGCCCCCUCGUCCCAUGUCAAGACCUCCCGUGACUCCAGUUCCUGAUCGGCAGCGCAAAAUUGAGCUACCCAAACUUCCAGUCCGCCAAGAAAGCAUCGAUGACUUUAGCACGGCUCUCAACAACCGAGAUUCCUCUUCUACUACCAUCAGCUUGUCGAGCUCUACUACUGACUCUCCGUCAACCUUAGUCCCUCCCCUGCAAGCUUCGUUUGCUACCUGUGUUCCGAUUGAGGAAACCAGGAGCUGGCACGAAGAUGACGAGGAUGAUGAUGAUGAUGAUGAGUCAAGCUCCGAAGUGAAUCAUCAUCGACCAAUAUUUGUCCCACCACCAACAACAAAAGAAGACGAUUCCGAUAACACAGACUACGGCUAUGAAGAUGCUGAUGCUGAACUGGAACGCCAAAAUAUGGCGAGCAGUCCACCUCCACCAUUGGAAGAACCAUCACCAUCCAAUGAUGAUGAAUUCUCAAAGUACGGACGCCGCCGACGAUCGAGCAAUCGUCGUCGUCGCAGUAGUUUGGAUACUGGACAUACCUUUCGCAAUUCCUUCAACUCUGUCAAUAGCGGCAGUAGUGGUGAGGAUUCUGGUUCUGGUGAGCUAAAGUCAAGAUGGGAUUAA